GGUAGUACAUGCCGAGCAAUCGUAGAAGACGGUAGACAGGUGGUGUGUGUUACUUGACUUGCAAAAAAAAAAAAGGUCGUCGAGUUGAACCAAACUCUUGUCGUGCGCGUGUAUGACGGACUCGAUUUAAUGGGGAGCGGGGGGGGGGGAAUAGGAAGGAGAAUAGGCUUAUUGUCAAUGUUGAGGAGGAUAGUCAUGAGUUCAUGAUUUUCUUCGUUCGGACAAAAUUGAGACGAAGUAGCGUGAAAUCGGGCAUCCUUAUGUUAACGAUUUAAAUAGAAGACAAUAAGGUGAAGAGAAAAAAAGAAAGAGAGCAAAGAACAAUAUUUAUAAAUAAUUAACGAUCGAAAGAAUAAUCAAGGUGAUAAAUCAAACGGGGGAAAGGGAAAAAAAAAGAAAGAGAAGAAAAAAAGAGAGAGGUUAGGAUAAGGAUAGAAAGGGACAAGUUGAACUGAUUAAUGUCGUGGACAUUGUUAUCAAAUGAUCGAACAGUUUAAAGGAUGAUGAAAUUAAAUGGAAAAUGCAAUUUUAUUGUAGAAGAAUAAAAGGAGUCGAAACUGAUACCGGCUGUGUUUGGGCUUUCGGACACGACGACAUAACUGUGUGUUCUCUCUCUCUCUAUUUCUUUUUAUUUCUCUCUCUCUUUCUAUUUCUCUCUCUCUCUCUCUCUUAGUCAUUAUCAUAUUCUUCAAUCGUCAAUUAUUCUUACCAUUAUCGUCGUCGUACAUUAAUAAAGUAAAGUAAAGAAAUUCGAAACAAAAAAAAAAAAAAAAGAAAAAAAUAAGAAAAAUAAAAGAAGAAGAAAAAGAGGAAGAAAACAAAGGUAAUUCACCCUGAGUUCGAUCUGGUGUUAUUUCUCUGUCUGUCUGUCUCUCUGUUCGUUAGAGAGAGAGAUAGAGAGAGAGAGAGAGACAGACAGACAGACAGACUUUCGUAACGUAAGAAGAAGAGAAAAGAAAAGUAAGGAAAAAAAUAAAUAAAAAAGGAAAAUAAAAGGAGAAAAGAAGUAGAAAAAGAAAAGGAAAAAAAAAGACCAUUCGCAUGAUCGAGGAGCGCAAGGGGGAGAGAGAGAGAGAAGAAGAAGAAGAAGAAGAAAACAAAAAAAGGAAAAGAAAAACAUAAAAGGAGGAAUCAUGGCUACGGUCUUUGAUAGUCCAUUUCUGUCGAAUCGACUGCGUCAAAUCGAGGAACGUUACGAGCCUAGUACGUUUGGCAGGUGCGAUUGCACGAGCUAUAGUUAUUUAUCGGUGAGUGUCGUUCUCUUCACGGUCGGAACGACUAUCACCGUAUUUGCUCUUGGCAAUGUCGCCGAGGGAUACGUAUUUUCCAAUUUGGGCCAUAUGUGGCUCAUAGGUCCGAUCUUUAUCUGUUCCGGAUUGAUGGUCGCCGUUAAGUGUAUGCUAUAUCUCAGAAGAAAAUCCGUCAUACAGAUGAUCUUUCAUCAACGACAACUUUUCAGGCAUUUACAGGAACUGGCAGCAUCUCCGAGCGUUGGUACAAGCGGUAUGGGUACUCCUGGACCACCUUCUUACGAAGUUAUUACACAAGCUCAAGGAUCAAAUGAAUUGCCACCUCCUUCAUAUGCAGAAGCUGUUUCACUUUUACGACAAGCAGGAAUUAAUGAUACAAAAUUGGAUUGUGGAACUGUUUCGUGCAGUACCAUCAAUGUCGAUGAGAAUAUGCGUAGUAAACCUUGAGGUACGUUUUGAAUUCUCUAAGGGUAAUCGACUUGGCCUAUUUGAAGAUAUUAGCAAAGACGAGAGUACUUUAAUGUCUCUCAUUGCUGAAGAGUAUCUUGUUUUGGAUGGUUAUUCGUACGAAACAAUUUGAUAUUGUUUCAAAUUUACUAGAAAGCAUUCUGAGAAUUAGAUCAGCAGAGGAGGGUGUAUUUGAAAUCCAAUUGGUUUUGGAUUUUUUUUUUUUUUUUUUUUUUUUUUUUUUUUUUUUUAUAUAAAAUCACUAUUAAUGGCUUCCAUUUAAUAUUAAUAUUAUUAGGACAAUUGAGAACGAAUUAUAAUCCAAAUAUAUGAUCUAUACUUGUAUUGGACAAAAUCCAAUAUCAUGUACAUAGUUUUUUCUUUUCAUCUUGUGUUUGUAAAGAUAAAAAAAAAACACGCACAGCUAGGAGAACAUUAAUAAAACGUGUAUGAAUGAGGAUUAAGUUUGAUGAAACAAAUUACUAUUAGAAUUAUUAUUCAAUAUUUUCCUUAAAAAUAUGUAAGAGUUUUACUUACAUAAAUGGGAAGUGAGAUAUACAAUGUACAUAAAAAGAAAGAAAAAAAAAACUGACUAUUAUAAUAUUUUAUAAGAGUGAGAUACUUAAUAUCAAAUUGGUGCUAAAUAAUGAAUUAUGUAUUAGAGAAACAUUAGUAAAAUAAUUCCCUUUGUGUUGCUGGCUGUAAGCUUAUACUUAAUACAUUGAGUAAUUUUCGAAAGUAAAUAAAAUUUACUAUUCAUUAUGCAUUUAGUAAAUAUUUUUUUUUUAUUUUAUUUUUUAUUUUUUAUUUUUUAUUUUUUUUUUUUCCAAAUAUUUAAACAAACUAGCAAGUGUCAAAUUUGGAUAUUACGAUAUGAUACGAUAUAUAUAUAUAUAUAUAUAUAUAUAUAUAUAUAUAUAUAUAUAUAUAUAUAUAUAGAGAGAGAGAGAGAGAGAGAGAGAGAGAGAGAACUUCUCCUAUAGUGAAUGUUACAUUAUUAUCACAUGUAUAUUUUAUCUGAAUUUUGGAAUAACAAGUCUUUGUCAAGAAGAAACAAUAGUAAUAAUAAGUAAUAUGGGAAUUAAGUGCUUUAUAUGUUCAUAUUUAGAACGAAAAAAGAAAUUGUAUUACGCUUGUUAUAUGGUUACGUAUGCAUUACGAUUAUAGAUAAUACUACGGUGAUAUUUGUCGAAGCUACGGUAUGAUAUAGCUUCGUAGAUGCAAUGUACUUUAAUGUUUGCAAAUUUUGUAACUGCAAGCUGCUUGUCUUUGUACAGAAUUUCUUAUUGACUUUUAUAGAAUUGUAUUUACAUAUAGAGCAGGCCAUGUGUGUCAUCUAACGCAAGGAGUUAAGCAAAAGCUUGCUGUGAUGUACUAAGCACUAGUCAAUGUGGGAACGUAGAAAUGGUGGAGAAUAUUUUUAUGGGGAAAAAAAAAAAAAAAAAAAGAAAGAAAAAAGAAAGGGGAAAAAAAUCUUCCAAGUGACAAAGUGCCUUAAAAUUUUUUCAAUAGUAUACAAAGUAGAUAAAAAAGAAAAAGAAAAAAGAAAAAAGAAAGAAACCAUUUGCACAAUACAAUAGCAUGGACAUAGCAUAAAAUUCAUAUUUACUUGUGUAUAUAUUUCACAUAAUGUAAUGUUAUUACAUGAAAUAUAUACAUCAAUAUAUAUGCUAUGUAUAUACUAUAAACUUAAAUUAGUCAUAUUUCUUUCACAAACGUCACCUGAAUUUUAGAUCCUUAAAUUUGUACGAUACUUUUAUUUUAUUAUUAAAAUUAUAUAUUUUCAGUUGAAUUUUGUGAAAGGAGUAUAAUUAGUACCUGUGCAUUAUCCGAUGAAAUGAAUGUACAAGACGUUUACAAAAAAAAAAAAAAAAAGAAAAAAACAAAACAAAAAAAAGGAAAAAUGAUAAAGAAACCCCUUCAAUUAGCAAUUUAGUUGCGUGCAAUCUUUAUCAAAUAUGAUUUUGUAUAAAUUUUAAUUGAUUCAAUGCAUGUUAUCAAACGAUAGCAGAAAGUUUAAAAACAAUGGCAAUUGUAUGUAAUAUAUUUAAAUGAAAAAAGCAUAUUUUUAUAUUAUACAUAUACAUUCAUAUGUAUGACCUAUACAUAGCCAAAAUUAUAACCAAGUUAAUAUCAUUUUGACUCUCUGUUUUUUGUUGCUCUUAGCAAAAAUAUAUAUCACAUCAAAUAAAAGUGAGUAUAAUACUAUAAUAUACGCACAUUUGAACAGAGAUUAACCUGGUUAUAAUUCAUUUUACACAGUAAGACUGUUGAUGCCUUAAAUAAUUAGACCAUGAUUACCAACAGAGCAUGUAAAUUUUAAUUAUCAUAAAAGAAAUGCACACAUAUUCUUAUUAAAAGAAAAAUAUUAGACAGUAUUACCAUGAAUAAGAAAAUUAUUAUAUUAGUAGAGAAUAAAGUAUCAAUAUUUGUUAUAUUUCAACGAAAAAAUAACAAAAAGAAAAUAAUGAUUUCGUUCAUUCAACAAAUUAUAUGUAUUUUAUUUUAAUAAUUAUACGCAUGGUUGGUUAAUAUAUAAAUGUAAAUGAAUUGUUAUAGCAGUUAUAUCUGUGCAAUCAUAUUAGAAAAUUACAAUGACGAUUUUUAUGCAUUAAAAUAUUUGUUCAUAUAAUGUUUUACUUUUAUAUGAUGUAAUUCGUUGCUAAUUACAUUUUUUUCUUUUUUUCUUUUAAAAAUUUUUAUGAUAUACAAAAACACACGCACAUGUAUUAUGAUUAUCAAAUAAUAUUCAUUCGCAUCUCUUUCUGAACAGCAUAUAAAUUGUAACACUUUUAUUAUCUCCAAAUUUUUUCACAAAUCUAUUGAUUGCGAUAUUUAAAAAUGUAAAUAACACCAAUGCAUACUACUCCUGAUAAUCUGAUAUAUAGUUUGGUAAUAGAUUUGUUUCCUUUUUUUUUUUUUUUUUUUUUUUUUUUUUUUUUUUUUUUUUUUUUUUUUUUUUUUUUUUU